AUGCCCGACGCGCACGCCGACGCACACGAUCUCCCGAGCGAGGUCGACGUCCUCGUCCAGGGCACCGGGUUAGUGCAGUCGUUGAUCGCGUGCGCGUGCGCCAAGCGCGGAGAGAGUGUUUUGGUUUUGGAUGAAAAUAAUCAAUACGGCGACGCUUUCGGCGCUUUCGAAGCAUCCACGGGCGCGUUCGACGCGUUCACGAGCACGUGUGCGACGAAUGCAAACACGUUCGGACGAUGGACGACGGACGCGGGCGAGAGACCGUCAACGCGAGGGUACAACGUGGAUCUGUGCGCGCCGCGAGCGACGCUCGGGGCGGACGCGUUCACGGACGCGAUGAUCAGAAGCGGCGCACACAAGUACUUGGCGUUCAAAGCGAUCGAGAAGACCUUUGUGUACGGCCAAGGUGGGUUUCGAGUCGUCGCGAGCGAUCGACGUGAGAUGUUUGCCGACGCGUCGAUGACGGGCGCUGAGAAGCGGGCGCUCAUGCGGUUUCUGAAACGGACUCGAAUCGUAGCGAUGCGGGACGAUGUGUUGAAGCGGAGGAGUGGGACGUCAGGAGAAGAAACAAACGUACCCGCGGGCGCGCCCGGGAGUGAGUGGGGGGAGGGAGCGUUCGGAGAGGACGACGCGGGCGCGGAGGCGGCGGAGGCGCUUCGAGUCGAGCCAAACGAAACCAUGGAAAGUUAUUUGCGACGACAGGGUCUGAGCGACGCUCUGGCGGCGACAGUGACGUACGGUUUAGCCUUGCAAACGAGAGCAGGGAGCGACGCGGGUCAAGGAAUGGAGGAUCUGAAGACGUACGCGCUGAGCGUGGGAAAGUAUGGGCCGCAGUUUGGUGCGUGCCUAAUUCCAACAUACGGAACUGGGGACCUUCCGCAGGCGUUCUGUCGAGCGGGAGCCGUGAGCGGGGCGACGUACGUCUUGCGUCAGGGCGUGCAAAGGGUUGAUAUCGACUCGAACGCGGUCGCAACUGUGGUAUCUAAGGGUGGGCAGGAGAUUCGUGUCAAGCGUUUCGUCGGGGCGGCGCCUGAACUCUCGGAUGGCCCGCGAUUGGUUCACGUCGUGUGUGUGUUAGAUGGACCCGUCGUUCGCGAUUUCGGCGAAGUCUUGAUCGUUUUUCCACCGGGAACCGUGCGAAAAACGCAGUCGACGGCCGUGCGCGCGCUUCAGAUGAGUUCAAACACAGGCUGUUGUCCGGAUGGCGUGUAUCUCCUGUACCUUUCAAACGUUGUUGAUGAGCAUGAAGACGAUGCGUACUCGAACGUGAACGCCGCACUGGACGUAUUGGUGUCUCGGUCGUGCGAAGAGACGUCGACAGUAGCGAGUGUCUUCGAUGACGGCGCGCAGAAGCCGAUCGUCAUGUGGGGAACGAUGCAUUCUCGACGAUGUGGCGUCCCGGACGACGUGGAAUGCGUUGCGUCCAACGCCGCGCAGUGCCCCUUUCCCGACGAGCUUUUGACGUACAAGGGCGCUGUUGACGCAGCAGAGCGUGCGUUCGCAAAAUUGUACGGCGCCGAGGAGGAAAUGUUCCCGCCAGUCGAGAUAUCGACAGAGCAGGUGGAGAGCGACGAGGACUGA